AUGGGCCAUGACAAUGUGGCAGGACAGUCAUCAACCCGUGGUGCCCCUGUAGUGGUGUCUUUGCAGUCAGAGAGUCAUACUCUUGAUUACACGGGAACCGCGGCAAAUGUUCCUGGUCCAACCAGGACUGAGCUCGGAGCUGGUGCUGUUGACGGUGCUGUGCAAGGAGAAGAAGGAGAGGAUGAGCCUGGUUCUCAGCCCAUGGAACCCUAUGUUGGCAUGAGGUUUGACAGCCUUCAAAUUGCUAAGGAUCACUACAACAGCUACGCCCUACAGAUGGGUUUCUCUGUCAAGAUGAACACCUCUAGGCGGACACCUCACACCAAUGUAUUGGUAAAACAGCAGUUUUGCUGCAACAAGUUCAAGAAGCCCAAAGCUGAUGAUGGAGGAGCUGAGGCUCCUCCUGUCCUGGACCCUAUACCAGAUCCAAAACCUGUUGAAAGUGAUGAGGAAAUGGAAGAUGAACCUCCAAUCUUUGCUGAAGAGGAGGCUGGUCCUAGCAAGAAAAAGAAGAAACGGAAACGUGAGACAAUAAAGCAGACUCAAUGCAAGGCAAAAAUGUUGGUGAAGCUGCUAGAUGGGCGAUGGGAGGUGAUGCACUUUGUUCAUGACCACUGGACGUAUGAUGCAUGUAAUGGCAGAGUCCUAUGGGUCGAGAUGAUGGUGCCGUUAGGACCAAAGGCAAUAACAAAUCUAUGUACAAGUUUCCGUAGAGAUGACACAAAGGAGGGUGACAUGAUUGAGGCAAUUGCGCACUUUAAGGAUAUACAGAAAACCGAUCCAGACUUCUUCUAUAAGGCACAGGAAAAGGUUGGUUGGCUGUUGUGCCAGAAUCCAGGGCUCUCUGAUGGUUUCAACUACUGUGUUGACUUUAGCUUCACUCCAUAUGAGUUUGAGCAGAAUUGGGCUGGGUUCUUCCCCUUCCUGCAGUCUACACAGCGUAGUGAGGGGUUCAACAUCAUCCUAAAAAGAUAUGUGAACCCACACAACUCAAUGCUGAACUUCGUCAAGCAAUAUGAAAAAAUUCAGAACCACAUCCUUGCCAAGGCAGGCUGCAAUGAUUACAGGACAGAACACCUUGAGAUUGAGCUAUGGUCCAACUUCCAAAUAGAGAGGCAAGCUUACAAAACCUACACUAGGAACCUUUACCGCAAGUUCAGAGAAGAGUUUGAGCUGAUUGGACGUUAUAAUGCGUUCCAAGUUGGUGCUGAUAUUUUUGAGCUCAGAACGAACCAGGAAUUUGUUGCCAAAUAUGGUUCUCGAAACUACUUGGUGCAGACAAAGGUGGAGGAGGGUUCCUAUUUGUGUGAGUGCUGCAAAAUGGAUAAGGACGGCAUGCUCUGUUACCACAUCCUCAAGGUGUUCGCCCAUAUUGGAGUUGAUGUCAUACCGGAAAGGUACAUGCUAAGACGGUGGACACCUACUGUUGUCCCUAAUGCGCCAGGGACUGGGUAUGAGCAACCGGAUAAAAUGCCUCCUCAAUCAAAGAAGCAGAUAAGGGAGAGAAACAUGAUAUACGAUUUUCGGAAACUAGCCAAGUUUGCGAGUGGCUCUGAUGCAGCACAGGCCAUUGUGAUGGCAACCCUCGAGGUUCUCCUCCACCUCCAGGCCAUACACACGACAUGCUCCGCCACCUCCUCCCCCGCCUGGCCCAACAAGCAGUGCCCCGCGUGCUCCUCCCAAUGGCCCUACAGGGAGUACUCAGGGGGCUCAUCAUCCAGGUGA